AUGUCAGUGUCAAGAGUUUCAUUCAGUUGUGGACAUCACUGGUUGGAGGAUGUAGCUCAAGUAGUGAAGGGCGAGUUGGAAGAAGAACAAUUUGGACUUCCAUGGCUAAUGUUAGCUAGAGUAGCACAAAAAGUGGUUCUACCUGCCUUGGAAUCUUGGUGCUUUCAACGUUUAAAGAUUUUGGGUUUGUCAGCAAGCCUGCAAGGAGCUGCCGAUUCAUCAUCUUCUGAUCAAAAAGAAGCAGCAGCUCUUCUCAGAUGGAAAUCGACUUUACAUUAUCCGAAUAGCCUUGGGUUAACUUCAUGGCAUCUUCACCGAUCGAUUACAAAUGAUUCAAUGUCCAGCAGAAGCCCUUGCAAAUGGUAUGGCGUUUCAUGCAUCAAUGGAAGUGUCAACAGGCUGAACUUCCCAUUUCUAUCACUCCCUAAUCUUGAGUAUCUUGAAAUUUCCAUAAAUGAACUUUCCGGCAGCAUCCCUCCACAGAUAGGUAACCUUUCCAAACUUAUUUAUCUUGAUCUGCAAGCCAAUCAUUUGUUCAAUAAAAUCCCACCUGAAAUUGGCCUAUUAAAGAAUCUCCAGACACUUCACCUUAAUAGUAAUCAGUUGAACGGCUCAAUCCCCGAGGUGAUAGGACAGUUAACCUAG